CCACCCUCUCCCUGGAGAACGCUAACCAUGAGAAGCCCUCAGGAGCUCCGCCUCAGCUUAAAGAAUGCGGCUUCUUCCACGGGGACGGAGAUCGGAAAACAAAGUAGGUUUGUGCGGCUGCGUAUCGAAUCCAGGACGGUGUGACAGAACCCAGGACACGAACACGAGGCCGCGUCUGCUCCAGGUCUCUGAGCAUGCGCAGAAAUCUCUUGGUGCCCUAAACUACACUUCCCGAAAGCCUCCUAAGAUUUUUAAGAACAUUUUUUUUUUUGCUUAUGGAAAAUGUCCCGGAAUGUAAGGGCGGAGAUUUGGGGGAGGGGACCGGAAGUGCUGAGAAAGGGCAGGCCUCCCGCCCGACGAGUGUCGCGAGGUAAGGGUGGAGCCACGCCCACGUCCCAGCAGCCCUCGGGCCCCGGUCCAGGCUGCCCCGCCCCGUGACACCUCCCGAUUCUUGCACCUCGGCCCUGGCAGGUGCAUGCGGGACGAGGCUUAGGGUAGGCGGGGAUAGGAUCCGGGUCCUUCGUUUUACAGAUGAGGAAACCGAGGCCUCCGGCGGUUAAGCGAUUUGCCCCAGGUCACAGAGGUGGUGGUCGUCGUAGCCUUGUGCGUCGCGCCUCCCCGUGGUGACCCCUGCCCGAAGAGGGAGGACAAGACCUGGGCACCGGUCCCCGAGAGUUGCCCUUCCCGUUCCUUAUUGCGAUGCCUCAAGCCCCCUCUACUCCGGUGGUGCCGCUGAGGCUCCGGACGGCGGCGCCCAUCCCCCCGCGUCUCUGAUCAGGAAUGUCCGCGAGCUGAAGUGCAGGCUGCCCUUCUAUCGUGCCUUUUCCUCCCCAGCCCGGCCUCCGAAAGACUGCCCUUCCCCAGAGGAGGCGGCUUUGAGGAGGGAAUGGCCCCGGUGUUCCUGCCAGCCCAGGCCGGGCAGGAAUCUGUGACAUUCACUGAUGUGGCUGUGGAUUUCACCUUGGAAGAGUGGGCGUAUCUGGACCAUUUUCAGAAAGAGCUGUACAAGGAUGUGAUGUUGGAGAACUAUAGAAACCUGUUAUGCUUGGGGCUUGCAGUUUCCAAACCAGAUGUGAUCUCUCAAUUGGAACAAGGGGAUGCACCAUGGAUGUCAGAGGGAGGAGUCCCAAGAAGCAUCUAUUCAGAUUGGGAGACUAGACCUGAAACCAAGGAAUCAACUGUAAAGCUGGUUAUUUCCACAGAAGAAUCAUUCCAGGGAAGACUCAGAAGGGAUGAUCCAAGUGUUUCCAGAUUGGGAGAAGAUUGGGAAUGUGAUGCCAUAUUAGAGGGGCAACAGAGCAAUGAAGACAAAUAUUCUAGGAAGCAUACUGGAGAGAAACCUAAUGAAUGUGAGAGAGCCGUCAAUCACAGUUCUCCCCUUAUUUCCCAUCAUAGAAUUCAUGCUGCAGAGAAACCUUGUAAUUAUAAUGAACAUAGAGAAAUCUUAAGUCAAAAUAUACAACUCACUUGCCAUCAGAAACUCCAUAAAUGUAAUGACUGUGGCAAGACCUUCUCUCUGAGCACACAGUUAACUGAACAUCAGACAAGUCAUAAUGGAGAAAAACCUUAUAAAUGUACUGAAUGUGGAAAGGCCUUUCGCCAAAGCACACAGCUUACUCAACACCAGACAAUCCAUACUGGAGAGAAACCUUAUGAAUGUAUCAAAUGUGGCAAGGCCUUCCGCCGGAGUGCACACCUUGCUGAACAUCAGACAAUUCAUACUGGAGAAAAACCCCAUGAAUGUAAUGAAUGUGGGAAAGUCUUCAGUCACAGAUCAUCCCUUACUUACCAUCACAGAAUUCAUACUGGAGAAAAGCCAUAUAAAUGUAAUGUAUGUGGGAAGGCCUUCCGUCAAAGAACACAGCUUACUCGACAUCAGACAAUUCAUACUGGAGAGAAACCUUAUGAAUGCAAUGAAUGUGGGAAAUCCUUCCGCCUAAGCACACAACUCGCUAGACAUCAGGCAAUUCAUACGGGAGAGAAACCUUAUGUAUGUAGUGAAUGUGGUAAGGCCUUUCAUCAGAGCACACAGCUUAGUCGACAUCAGACAAUUCAUAAUGGAGAGAAACCUUAUGAAUGUAAUGAAUGUGGAAAGGCCUUCCGCCAGAGCACACACCUUACGGAACAUCAAAUAAUUCAUACUGGAGAGAAACCCUACGAAUGUAAUGAAUGUGGCAAGGCCUUCCGUUGGAACACACAGCGUACUAGACAUCAGACAAUUCAUAAUGGAGAGAAACCUUAUGAAUGUAACAAGUGUGGGAAGGCCUUCCGCCAGAAAACGCAGCUUACUCGACAUCAGACAAUUCAUACGGGAGAGAAACCUUAUGAAUGUAAUGAAUGUGGGAAAGCCUUCCGCCUGAGCACCCAGCUUACUCAACAUCAUAUAAGUCAUACUGGAGAGAAGCCUUAUGAAUGUAAUGAAUGUGGGAAGGCCUUCCGGUGGAGUACUCAACGAACUCGGCAUCAGACAAUGCAUAAUGGACAGAAACAGUCUGGAUGUGGAAAAAGCUUCCUUGAGAAAACACAUCUUACUCAACAUCAGUCGCACAUUGGAGAGAUGUCUUCUAAACAUAAUGAAUGUGAACAAGCUUUCUUGCAGAGAGCACAGCAUAUCCAACAUCAGACAAUUCUUAAUAAAGAAAUCACAUUUAGGUAAAAUAUGGGGGACAGUUUUCCAUUAGAGCAGAUAGCUUACUCUGCAUCAAGUGGUUCAUCCUGGAAAGAAACUUCUGUGAAUAUGAUAAAUGUGAAAAAACACGCUUUUACUUAAAAGUAACAGAAUUCAUAGUGAUGGCAAACUCCACAAACAUAAAAUGGGGUGGCAGAUUGAUGCUGUACAUAUGUUGCUGAAUAUCAGAAUUCAUAUUGGAUUAAACAUGAAUGAAUUAGAAAAACUUCACAGUUUAUCUUUCCCAUUAUAGAAUUCAUGUUGGUAUGAGCACACAUAAAUAUAGUGAAUGUAGGAGGAUCUUUAAUUGGAUCAUAUUAUUCAUUAAGCAUCAGAAAAUUUAUGCUGGAGAUAAGCCUUAAUAAGGUAAAUCCUUAUGAAUAUAAUUAAGGAUUUCAAACAGAGCACUUACCUUACUCAAAAAUGGAAAAUUUAUAUAAAGAAAAGCACUAAAGUUAAGCCAACCCACACAGUAUCUGUUCAACCAUCUUAUUAUUCCAUAUCCCCUGGCUACUUCCAACCCCUAGCCUCUUAGUUUAAUGAAAACAUUAUAGCAAUUUCAUAGGAGCUCCUUCAGCUUCUUUCCUCAAAAACUCACAAAAUCAUUACCCACUCUUUUCUCUCUUUCCAGUAGUGGUACCUAAUUUGUCUUCCUGCAUCUUUGAUCUCUCCUACUUUGAGGCCUUUACUUCAGCAGUUGUUGUCCUGUGCACCUUCAGUUUUUCCUGUUCCACUAGUUCCUUCCCAGCUGUAUAUAAACAUAUUUGUUCAGGUCUUCCUAGUACAAAAACAAGCAAACAAAACCAAAGCCUAUUGACACUACUAUAUUUUAAUACUAUCCCAGUUUUCUCUUUGUUAAACUUAUCAGAAUUUAUAUGGAGGUGGUUAGGUGGUACAGUGAGUGGGUAGAACACUGAACUAGGAAUAAGGAAGACCUGAAUUCAGGUAUAGCUAUAUGAC